CCUCACACGAGCACACACAUAUCGGUGGAAACCGCCCGGUUAUGCGCCUUUGUUCACUUUAGCGUUGGUUUCUGCAAAUAGGAAAUUAUUCCAUCUUCCUGCCUUGAUGGACAGUUUUAUGUUGCGCGGGGUUUUGUGUGUGUCAGCUCUCUGUGUGUGGAGCUCGGCAGCGCGUGGACGCAGUGAUGUGCUCGAGCUCAAAGACGCAGACUUCGACUACAUCGCACCCGAGCACGAGACCCUGCUGGGGAAGUUUUAUGCCCCAUGGUGUGGUCACUGUAAGAAACUUGCUCCGGAGUUUGAAACUGCUGCUACUCGACUGAAGGGAACAGUAACUUUAGCCAAGGUGGACUGCACUACUAAUACAGAGACCUGCAAACGCUAUGGGGUCACUGGAUACCCAACGCUCAAAAUAUUUCGGAACGGACAGGAAUCUUCUUCAUAUGAUGGGCCACGCUCAGCUGAGGGAAUUGUGAACCACAUGAAGAAACUGGCCGGGCCCGAUUCUGUGCCUCUGCAUAGUGAGCAUGACCUGGAGAACUUUAUCAACAACUUUGAUGCCAGCAUAGUUGGAUUUUUCUCAGGGACUGACAGUUCUCAAGUCUCUGAGUUUCUUAAAGGAGCCAGUUUAAUGAGGGAGAGUUUCCGCUUUGCUCACACCACAGUCCUAGAGCUCGGAAAGAAAUAUGACGUCAAAUAUGAGUCUGUGCUUCUGUUCCACCCUCCCAGACUGAGCAGUAAGUUUGAGGAGCGUGUGGUUCACCACAGAGGACCCCUGUCCAUCACAGGCCUGCGCCGCUUCAUCAGAGACAACAUUUUUGGACUCUGUCCUCACCUGACCAAAGAGAAUAAGGAUUCAUUGAGGAAGAGGGAUUUAUUGACGACCUACUAUGACUUGGAUUAUCUUCGCAAUCCCAAAGGCUCCAACUACUGGAGAAACAGAGUGCUGAAGGUGGCGUCUAAGUUCAGUUCUCAGGGCCUGUUGUAUUCUGUGGCGAACCGAAAUGACUUUCUGGAGGAGCUGGAGGAUGAGUUCGGUCUGGGCUCAUCGGACGCAACUGAGCUGCCAUUUGUCACCAUCAGGACACGAACAGGAAACAAAUACACCAUGAGAGAGGAGUUCACACGAGAUGGCAAGUCUUUAGAGAAUUUUCUGGAAGACUAUUUUGCUGGGCGACUGAAGCGUUACAUCAAAUCAGAGCCUGUGCCAGCUAAAAACAAUGGAGCCGUCAAGGUGGUUGUGGCAGAUACGUUUGAAGAGAUCGCCAAUGACCCAGAGAAAGAUGUGCUUAUUGAGUUUUAUGCUCCGUGGUGUGGCCACUGUAAAAAACUGGAGCCCAAAUAUACAGAGCUUGGAGAACGGCUAUACAGUGACCCCAAUCUUGUAAUCGCCAAGAUGGAUGCAACUGCCAAUGAUAUCCCGCAGGGCUAUGACGUGCAAGGGUUUCCUACAAUAUACUUUGCCGCUGCUGGCCGGAAAGAUGAGCCAAAACGAUAUGAGGGAGCCCGUGAAGUGAAGGAUUUCAUCAACUUCCUGAAGCGUGAGGCCUCCAAACCUCUUGUUCUGAAUGGAGUCAAGGAAGAGCUGUAAACGUUAAAAGGGAAAUUGCUGUAUGUUGCGGAACGUUAUUCAGGAAGAGUGAAGAAUCCUGUAGGAUUCUGCUGCAGUUCAGCCAUACAUAUCAUAUCAAUAACAUAAACCCAAUUUUAAUUAUACAGAGAUCCAGGGCCUCAUUUAUAAAAUGUUGUGCUGAAACCAUCCUAAAUUUGAUUGUACAUAUGCGUGCAUGUGAUUUAUAGAAUGAACGUACGCACAGAAAAUGCACAUGUGCCUCUCUUUUAGAUGUGAAAUCUAUGAAUCGCAAGUGAUCAUGAACUGAAUGGUUUCAGCCCUCUGCCUUCUAAACGACUCCUAAUUAAUAUCAUUAACAUGUGAAAGAGUCAUCAUGCAAAUCCUUUCAUUUAGAACAGCUUACAUUUUCAAAAAGCUGCAGUACUCGAACAAGAAAAAGUGCGUGCGUCUGCUCAGACCCUGACGUGACGCUAAGCACUUUUCCACGUCAAAGCCAGUUUUCAUCGGUGUGGAUUUAAGCAUAAGCACACUCUAAGAUCAAAUCUGUGCGUACUCACUUUAUAAAUGAGGCCCCCAAUAUUUAUAUUGUCAACAUGAUAGAAAAUAGUGCAGAUUGCUGCUUAUGUUGAGGAGUCCUGUUUUGUUGUUUAAUCAUUUUGUUCUUUGUUGCAUGAGCUUCAUUAAUCUGUUCUUUACCAUUUAUACUCAAUAUUUCCAUCUGUACAUUAGUUAUCAUUGUUGUUCAACAUACAUUUACAAAAAUAUCAAUAUUCAUGCCCUGUAUGGAUGGUAAAACUAAUCUGAUUUCAUGCAGUAGAUGCACAGUAAUUGGUUUCAAGGAGUUUGUGGUGUAGCAGUAUAAGGAGCCAUUAUCAAUGUUUGCAAUUGUCAUUUCUUGCCACUGAUUUGCUACUGAAGUGAUUAACUGCAAAGGCAUCUUUUAACCCAGUCUGUUAGAUAUGGGUUGAACAAUUGGUUAUGUAAUGUUUAUUUAUUGACUAUUCAUACAGUUUGGGUGUGAAAUGGAUGCUGUUUAUAUGGUGAAUGUUGUCCUGUCACUAGCAUUUUUUCUACGUAUCUAUGCCUUAAGGUUUAGUAUGUAGGUAGUUUUUUUGACAUCUAACUGAAGCUCUGUUCAGCAAGAGGUACUCCCUGAUGAGCAGAAAAUGCUGGUUUAUUAAAAUAAUUGAUUUGUCAACGGUUUAUUUCAUGUUCAAAUGUUUGAAAACCGAAUGUGUUAAGCUACAUAAUAUUUUCAAUUUAAUGAAAGUGGGCAAGCGCCAAAAUGAACCAUAAAAGUUGCCUAUGAGACUUAAUAUUAAGCAUACUAAUACCACAGGAUAUGGAAAACAGCCAUGAUACUGUUUGAAAACAAAAGUGGUAA